GGCGGCAUUUGUUUAUUCUGUGAAGAACUGGAAAGUUGAGAGACAUAGUGAGAGCUGCGUGUGUGUGGGGUUCAAAUGCUCUCUAUUUUUUUCGAUUUCUCUCUCACCCUCUUUCAUAUCCUAUUCUUGUGUUUCAAUCUCAUCUGCAACUUGUGCUACUCAUUUUGAGAAGAAAUGGUGAAGGAUACGGAGUAUUACGAUGUUCUUGGCGUCAAUCCCCUUGCAUCCGAGGAGGAAAUCAGGAAAGCAUACUAUCUCAAGGCAAGGCAGGUUCAUCCUGACAAAAAUCCAAAUGAUCCUCAAGCAGCUGAAAGAUUUCAGGUAUUGGGAGAAGCUUAUCAGGUUUUGAGUGAUCCUGUACAAAGGGAUGCUUACAAUCGGAAUGGAAAAUAUUGCAUCUCCAGGGAAACAAUGCUUGACUCAACUGCGGUCUUUGCCCUUCUUUUUGGAAGUGAAAUAUUUGAAGAUUACAUAGGACAUUUGGCUGUGGCAUCAAUGGCUUCCACUGAAUUAUCUAGUGAAAGUGACAAUUCAGAAAAACUACACGACAGGUUGAAGGAUGUCCAGAAAGAAAGGGAAGAAAAGCUUGCUCGUGUAUUGAAAGGUUUUCUCAAACAAUAUGUUCGUGGUGACAAAAAAGGAUUCAUUAAGCAUGCUGAAUCUGAAGCAAAACGUCUUUCAGAUACAGCUUUUGGAGUCGAUAUCCUACAUACCAUUGGCUAUAUAUACGCAAGACAGGCAGCACAAGAACUAGGAAAAAAAGCAAUUUACUUGGGAGUCCCAUUUAUGGCUGAAUGGGUGAGGAAUAAAGGACAUUUUUGGAGGUCACAAAUCACAGCUGCAAAAGGUGCUUUUCAAUUACUGCAACUGCAAGAGGAUAUGAGACGCCAGUUUAACAUGGAUGGUAGUGGUCCACAAAAUGAUGCUGAAUCACAUAUACGAUUAAAUAAGGAUGCACUGAUUAACUCGUUGUGGAAACUGAAUGUGGUAGACAUUGAAGUAACUCUUUUACAUGUGUGUCAGAUGGUACUACAAGAAAAUAAUGCAAAGAAAGAAGAACUUAAAGCUCGUGCACACGCUCUGAAAAUUCUGGGAAAAAUAUUUCAGAGGGAAAAAGAUGCAAGUAAUGGUGGAAUAUCAAAGAAGAAAAGCGUUUCUGAUAUAUACGAUGAUGGAAGCAGUUCUGACAGUAGUUCUGUUGAGGAUUCACCCAGAAGACUUUCAUAUCGUACACCCUUAAUCACUCAGGGUAUUGGUAGGCUAUUUAGGUGCCUCUGUAACCCGGCUUUAGAUGUGGAGGAUGAAGAGAUUGUGUACAGAAGCAAAUAACAUUCAAAAUGCAUAUUUCAGCAACAGUGAAGAUAUGCUUGCAUUAAGGUGAGGAUGAGUGACUGCUUUCUUCUUAAAAGAUCCUUUGGAAGUGAAGUGGCACAGGCCAUGAAGACCUCAAUGUUCUUACUGUAGUUAAUUAAAGGCCUAGUGUGUGACUAUUUCUUUUCUUUCCUCCGCUUUCAAACAGAACCUGUUAAGUGAUUUCUUACCAGCUUAACAACAAAGCUAGGGACUGGAAAGUACCUUCUAGACGUGUAAUACUUGAUUGAACAGAGGCUUGUAUUCACUGUAAAUGUAGAAAAAUGAUUGAUUAGAAUGUUACAA